ACGGCUACCAGUCACACGAAAAGGCUGCAAAGGCAACCUCCUUUCCUUCACCUGGCUAGCUGCUACAGCCAUCGGAGAAAGGUUUGGCAGGUGACAGUUGAGUGGAUUAGCCCGUGCCAAUCGAUCGAUUGUUUUCUACUGGAAUCUGAGACCAUAAAUCUCUCUGCAUCAGCUCAUUUUUUUUUUGAAACAAAGCAUCAGCUGAAUUAUUUCGGCCUAGUACAGUUCUCGGAAGAGUGUGGUACAAGGAAGCCAUGCCAUUGCCGGAACGAAAGCUUUUCUGAUGAAAGCCUGUCCCCUGCCGUUCGUUGCUGCUGCUGCCCAACGGAAAGGCGAACAUGAUGAGCACCUGACAUUACCGUCUCGAAGUACUUGAAACCACUUGCGCUAAUCACCCUUUUACCCCCCAUGUGUCAGGAUAAGCACCUGCACGAGAAGCAGAUAAAUGCAGUUGGAAUUUGAAUCUAAACCAUGUAGAAUACGCCAAGGUUUUGUAUCAAUAUAUUUGCUUUUUUAGAAAAAAAUAAAUCACUAUAUCUUCUUGAAACAGAGAUUCUGCGUGCAGCAGCAUGUUGGAAUGUUGGGAUGCUCAGAGAAGUCAACAUGGGCAGCACCAGCACAACAUGUUGGCAGCAGGUGCUCGCAGGGGUUCCGCAACGGGCUACCGCGAGAUUAGGGCGUCUGAAUUUCGAAAGGCGGUUGCUUUAUUCCGCAACCUUUUUCUCCCCGUGUUUGUUAGGAUCCAUCCCCUCGCUGCCGUCCCGAUCUCUGCCGUCGAUAUCCAAUCGGACGGCUGGGAACACCCCAAAGCCCCCAUCGCCGCCACCUGGCCUCGCCGCGCCUGCAGGCGGCACCGGCACGGCGGCAGCAACGAACAGCUGAGCUCACGUCCGUUCUGUUCCGUCUGCAAGACUGCCAUCUGGGUGCCCACCACCACCUCCUCCACUUCGUCGACUUCUUCCCCAAACCGUCUCUCCCUCCCUCCCCUCUUUCCUCUGCCUCAAGGCCCCCUCCUCCUCAUGCCUUGACGACGCCAUUGGUGGCGUUGCCUGUUGGCCGAAGAGCAGGGAGAGCGAGAGGAGGGGGGGAUUGGACUAGGAGGGAGGAGGUCACGGGAGGGGAGGGGGAAGAAGAUGUUUGAUACCUUGCUCAACUCCAAGUUCUACAACAAAUGCAAGCACGCGUUCAAAUGCAUCCGUACGCGGAUGGCGCCCAUACUGCGGAAGAAGCACGCCAUGAUUCGGUUCCUGAAGAAAGACGUCGCCGACCUCCUCGCCAAUGGCCUCGACACCCACGCCUUCGGACGGAUCGAUGGGCUGAUAGUUGAGUUGAAUCAUGCCUCUUGCUAUGAUAUGAUCGUGGGGUUCUGUGAUUACAUUGGGAAGCAACUUGGCAGCCUUCAGAAGCAGAGGGAGUGUCCCUCAGAAACCAGAGAAGCGGUCUCAACUCUGAUUUUUGCUGCUGCUCGAUUUCCUGAUCUGCCUGAACUGUGCGACCUAAGGCUCAUAUUCACAGAGAAAUAUGGCAAUUUUGUUGAGCCUUUUGUUAGCCUCGAGUUUGUUCGGAAGCUUGACAGUACAGAGUUCAGUAAUGAGGAAAAGUUGCAAGUUAUGCAAAGUAUUGCUGAAGAAUUUUCUGUCAGUUUUGAUGCCAAGGAAUUGAAACUCAAGUUAUGGACCAUGCCGGAAGCUGAACAUGAUAUGCUUGAGAAGGGUUCAAGGAAGCCAGCAGAGCUAGCAAUGCCUUUAUCCAACAAGCAGAAAUGCAAUGACGAUGGUCCAUAUGAAAGACAAAAUAAGGAUAAGCUUGAGAAGGGUUUAGGGAAGCCAGCAGAGCUAGCAAUGCCUUUAUUCGACAAGCAAGAAUGUGAUCAGGAUGCUCCACAUGAAAGAAAAAAUAAGGAUAUGCUUGAGAAGGGUUCGUGGAAGCAAGCAGAACAAGCAAUGCCUUUAUCCAACAAGCAGAAGUACAGUAAGGAUUCUCCAUACGGAAGGCAAGGUGAUAUGCUUGAGAGUGAAAUUAAGCCAGCAGAACUAUCAAUGCCUUUAUCCAAUAAGCAGAAGGGUAAUGCGGAUGCUUCAUGUGAAAGAAAAUAUGGUGCUCAACCUGCAUGCCGUACUGAGAAAGUGAAAAUACAGCUGAACCGAAAAGAUAUCCAGGCCGCAGCUGAUGCCAUCAGUCAAAUUGAUGAGAAUUCCAGGAAGCAGCAAUCUGAUAAUUCUUGUGAGAAGCAACAUUCGCAGAAAUCAGUAUCUCCAGUGGACACUAACAGAAGGAACACCCAAAAAGAUGUUAGAAAACUUAACAGAAGAGAUGGCCGCCCUUCCGAAAAGGAGCUGAUGGAAGCAGUGGAGCUUGACCUCAAUGGCCUACCUAAGAAGGGAUUUGGUGCAGUCAAAUUUCCUGAAACAGAAAGCAACAGAACAGUUCAUCUAAAUGCCAGGCCAAAGGAGGUUGUGAAAGAACACUGUGUUGAAAAAGAGAACGAGGAAGUCAUUCGCCACCACCACCCAUCACGACCUGGUGUAGCUCCGCGUCUAGAGAAUCAAGGACGUCCAGUGAGUCCUUUGAAUGGUAACACUAGAAACAAGGCUCCUCCUUAUGCUAAGAUGAAUGGUGCAAAUAUGAAGAAACCUACCGAAAAACAAGCAAACAAUGGUUUCUUGUAUGACAAACCGCAACAUUUAGCUGAUCUGGGAAAUCCAGUGCAGAAAGGACAAGGAGUGACAGAGAGGGCAACAACUACGCGACCCCCUUAUGUGAAACCAAAAUCUAACAAACAACUUGUGAAUGGUGAUCUUGAAAAGCGAACUCCAAGUGAUUACAACAAGUACAUCUCUGGAGAAACUGAUAACUUGGACGAAAAAAAUGUGCAUCGACCUGUUUCUGUCAGAAGGAGAAGUGCAAAGCCUCCUGUUCCUGGUGAUGUCUAUGGUGAGGUGCCUAACAAUCAGAAGGCCACAGGCCAAACACCCAGCAGUCACAAAAGCCACUCAAGCAGGCAGAAUGGUGCUAAAUUUGAUCAUGACCCGAAAGGCAAUGGGACUGCUGAUGUUAUUGGUGAUGGGAGAACUACUAGUAGGUCACCAAAGCACACAGGCGGAAGGAAUGAAGCUUUGAACCACAACAAUGACUAUGACAGGUUCAUGCGGCGUCUGCAACCAGAAGCAGAUGAUACUGCUAUUGAUUUUGGUAAUCUCUUGCCUCAAAACGCAAAUGGACAUGGGAGAAGCAAAAACAGAUGCAAUGGUAACCUUGAUGAGGAGGAAAGGAUGAUGGACAAGCUCCUGAUGCACUAUAGCAAGAAAGGUUUGGAUCCAACCAACAAAGCGGAUAAUGACCAAGAAGCACAAAUUGAUUCCCAGCAAAAUCUUUCCUUACAUCCUUCGGGUAGAGCUAUCUCGCUACCGCCUGAAUCCAUUGGCCCGGCUGAAGAAGUGAAGGUUCCUGCUCGGUCCACCUCUCUGCAGCCAGAUGUUCCUAGGAGCGUGCAUGUGCACCCCAAAAUGCCUGACUUUGAUGAACUGGCUGCCCGGGUCAAUGCACUGAGGAAGGCUUGAGGUGGCAUAAGAUUGCAUCUGGCUUGUGCACACGUUCUUUCAGCUGAAGAGUGGAUCCUUUGUUGACAGUUCCUUGCAAGUCACAACCAUUGAGUCAUUCUGUAUGUGCAGUGCCUAUAAGAGAUUAAACAGAUUUGUGUAUGCAUUUUUACUCUUUUGUUUUUCUUUUAUAUUUUUCUAUAGUGUCCUUGUAGGAUUUCCUUGGCACCAGGUGUUUGUGCAGAAUAGGAGCACUGGUUUGAGGAUUGAUACAGUUGAUACGGAGUUCCAUUGGUUAUUCUUCAUUUUAUUGAUAGGGGUUGGAUUUGAUGUACUAAUUCACAAAUUCAUGAUGGGAUGUGUUACACGUUGUUGAUAAAAGUCUCAGUGAUUCUCUC